AUGGCUUCGUCAAUUUUUAGGGAUUUGCCAGCCGAGCACCCACGUCACUUAAUACCUGCACUAUGUGCGCAAUUCUACAAUCUUGGCUGGGUCACCGGCACUGGCGGCGGCAUGAGCAUUAAAUACAACAAUGAAAUUUAUAUCGCACCAUCGGGCGUACAGAAGGAGCGUAUGCAGCCAGAGGAUUUGUUUGUGCAGGACAUAGAUGGCAAGGAUUUACAAUUGCCGCCAGAGAUCAAGGGCCUAAAGAAGAGCCAAUGCACGCCUCUCUUUAUGCUGGCAUACAGGCAUCGCAAUGCCGCCGCCGUCAUCCAUACACAUUCCCAGCACGCGGUCAUGGCUACGCUGCUCUGGCCAGGCAAAACGUUUCGUUGCACACAUUUGGAAAUGAUUAAGGGCGUCUACGAUGAGGCUGAUAAGCGAUAUUUGCGUUACGACGAACAACUGGUCGUGCCCAUCAUCGAGAAUACUCCUCACGAACGAGAUUUGGCCGACAGCAUGUAUGCUGCGAUGAUGGAAUAUCCCGGAUGUAGUGCCGUACUUGUGCGCCGUCAUGGCGUCUACGUAUGGGGUCAGACGUGGGAAAAGACCAAGACUAUGUCGGAGUGCUAUGACUACCUAUUCUCCAUUGCUGUCCAGAUGAAGACGGCCGGACUUGAUCCGGAGAAGUUUGAGAAUGCAUAGAAUACUUACUAAAAAAAGCUU